AUGUCUGUCAGCUUGGUUCCAGAGCCGCCUUUAGUUCAAGGACAGACGAAGACUUUCGUCGCUGGCUCGACGACGGCGCGAGCUGCCCUCUACGGUGGACUGGUGGCGGCCGCCGGCACCAUCGUGUUCUUCACCUACUACUUUGUGGCAGGCGAGCAACAGCAGAAGUCGUUCUGCUGUUCCGACGUCAUCCAGCUGCUCGCGUCCAUAUCCAACUGGAGCGUCGACCCGUGCUCGAAUUUCGUGGAUUUUGCCUGCUACCGCGUCAAGCAUCUGGACCGGAGCAAGCUAGGCUUGGACGCCAUGGAGACUGCAGUUGUACGUCCCGUUCUGCGGGGUCAGCUCAAGAUGGCCGCCGCUAGCCGACUACACACACACCACAGGAGCUGCCUCGCGGCCUUUGCGGAAGGAGAGCUGAGUCCUGAGAACGCCGUCCGCAUCGUCCUGUCCAUGUUCCGCGACUGGUCUGACGGCGCUGAACACAUCGACCUGCUCAAGGUCAGCGUUCUAGACUCGGCACGAGGACUGGGCAGCCUGCGGCUGCUGAACACGCUGAACCGUUUCUCUGCGCGCGUCGGUGGCCACGUGGUGGUCUCCCCGCGGGUGUACCCUAUGCUGAGCGUCGACAAGGGAAGCCAGGCCGUGGUCAACGCGGCCUCACUGGGUGUCUCACUCGCGGACAGUCUCUGGGACGCCGUGUUCUCACGCCGGGAGUGGUCGGUGCCCCUUCUGCACCGGCUGGACGCGCACACGUCCUGUGUCCAGCGGUACAUCAGGAGCGAGCUGGGAGGCCGACUCUCCUAUCCACUGCUCUCGGUGCGAUCGACCGUGCGUGCCGUGUCCUGGCCUCAGUGGCACGCCAGGGCAGACGACGAGUGGAAGCUGUCGGCGAGCCAGGUGUUCUUCAUGCUUUUCGUGUUGAGGCACACCUGCCUGGUGCGCGACCGCACCGACGAAGAACCGACGAUUUCCAGCCGGUCCUUCAUGCUUCGCGUCGGCCACUUCGCUAUGGCAUUCGACUGCAAGCCAGCGCCUUUGAUAGGGCUGGGAAGUUGCCUUUGACGCCUCCGGACA